UGAGUUUGAGUUUUUAAAAAUAGAGCUACUAAACAUGUUUUCUUUGUUUUGGAUUCAAAUUCUGUCUUUGAGAUUAAAAAGUUAGAUUCCAGUUGAAUACCAAAAAGGUGUCACACCCUUCUAAAUUUGAAAUUCUUAAAAAGCACGGUGAUAAGUCGUUUGCAGCUAAACUGUGUCAACCCAAAACGUCACACUUCCAAGUCUCAAACCCUUCAACUCAAAGCAAACAACAAAUGGCUCCAAACCCUGUAUCACUCGCUCGUAAAACCCCUCUCCUAAACCGUUUCGUGGGUUAUUCUCGUAGACCCUCUUUGCAUUCUGGUCCUCAGUCUAGGAUUGCAGCAAACCCUGUUCAGAUAAGGGGCUUUAGAAGCUCUUCUUUGAGCCAUUGCCACUCACAUGCUCCGCAUUCUCAUUCUUAUUGCCUGAAUUCUGGCAAUGGAGUCGUGUUUAAGGACUUGGGUCGUUCUGAAAUAGGUUUUAGGCAACUGGGUUUUGACCGGUUUCGUCUCUCUGUCGUUUCGGAUGGUGGGUCGGGUGGAACUGGUGGAUAUGGCGGUUCUGGUGAUGGAAAUUAUGGUGGCAGAGGUGACGGUGGUGCCGGAGAUGGUGGUCGUGGUGAAAACAAUUGGUCGUUGCUCUCUUGGUAUUUGGAUCUUCUUGCAAAGUAUCCAGUGUCAACAAAAGCUCUUACGUCUGCCUUUUUAACUCUCAUUGGAGAUGUGAUCUGCCAGCUUGUGAUUGAUAAAGCUCCGGACCUGGACUUGAAAAGAACAUUCUUGUUUACUCUGUUGGGGCUGGUGUUAGUAGGUCCGACGUUACAUUUCUGGUAUUUGUAUCUAAGCAAACUGGUAACAACGCCUGGAGCAUCAGGUGCAUUCCAGCGCCUUCUACUUGAUCAGUUUAUUUUCUCUCCUAUAUUCAUUGGAGUUUUCUUAUCAACAUUGAUGACACUGGAGGGAAAAUCUUCACAAGUUGUACCCAAGCUUCAACAGGAGUGGUUUUCUGCUGUUCUCGCUAAUUGGCAACUGUGGAUACCUUUCCAGUUUCUUAACUUUCGGUUUGUCCCACAGCAAUUCCAGGUCCUUGCUGCUAAUUCCAUUGCUUUGAUAUGGAAUGUUAUCCUCUCGUUUAAAGCUCACAAAGAGGUUCUUCAAAAAUAGAUGCUUGAAAUAAGAAUUUCUUGACCUCCACUUUCCCAGGAUUUCAUUUCUAAGGUAUGAAUGAAUGUGACAGCAGCAAAUGGAGCCUACGCUGGUUCAAGGAUCUACGAUGAGUUCCUGCUUCUUAUCUGGAGAAAUGUAUUGUGUUUAGAUGUGACACAGCUUUGAACUAUUCUUCUUUUUCUGUGUUUUGCGCAUUGGUUGCCUUAUUGUUUUGGUUUACCGUUGUCUGUUCUCGUUUUCUUGUAUUUAGCUUCUAUGCAGGUGUAAUAUCAAUGGCCAAGUUUACUAUGCUUUUCUGCUACACUGAACAAGAAGAUUUUUGUAGAGGUUGAUGAUUUUCUAUGCAUUGGUCUUGGACUCUUGUGUA